GCGAUACUUGUGGAACUUUAAUAGCGGGUAGCAACGUUCGUGCGUAAAAGUUGAAGCCAUAUUCAGAGGGCACAGAGAGGCGCCCCAAGACAGGAGAGUAACAGGUUGUCGAGGAGUUACCAUAGACUUCGAUACAGAAGUUGCAUGGCCCCGCUCUCGUGCGUAAUGAAUCCUGCGCAGGGAUCACCAGCCACUGCUCAAGUGGAUGACUUACCAGAUGAUCGCAACGACAGCAAGGAAAUAGAACUCCAGACGCGCGAUUUGGCGACGCCAGUUAAACGAUGCAAAACCAAAAGUUUGAAUCUGCCUUUCAGUGUGGAGUCCCUGAUAUCUAACAGGGCGCCGGGUCGGACUCACUAUUCAUCAGAUCCAGGGCUGGCUAAAAACCAGACAGAGGUGAAAGUUUGUCGGUCCCCAAUGGGACUUUACGCGGAGAAGCGAUUUCCUCUCAGUGGGGGAGCUGACCUGUCUGACAGCCCUAAGAGAGAGACGGUAGAGCUCAGUGACAAGGAACAGUGCUCUUGGUUUCAAGCUGAAUUCGCGUCACCUCCAAGGCAUCCUAGUCCACCACCCUGCCCUCUGCGGAAACACAAGAACAACAGAAAACCAAGAACCCCAUUCACCACCUCCCAGCUUCUGUCUUUGGAGAGAAAGUUCCGUCAGAAACAGUACCUAUCCAUUGCUGAGAGAGCCGAGUUCUCUAACUCGCUCAGCCUUACAGAGACCCAGGUCAAGAUCUGGUUUCAGAACCGGAGAGCCAAAGCGAAGAGACUACAGGAGGCCGAAAUAGAGAAACUGAAAUUGGCUACCAAACCCCUACUCCCGGCUUUCGCAUUUCCCUUUCCUCUGGGCGCACAUAUGAACCCACCGUCUCUAUACGGCGCUGUUAACGGAUCGUUUCCACGGCCAGCUUUACCGGUACCCGGACUAUUCAGUGGACCCUAUGGGAUGUACUACCUUUCUUAAUGCAUACAAACUGAAUUGUUGGAAAGACCGUUCCAACAUGCAAACUCGCCACGGAUUACUUCUCAGUUGCACCGUCCUCAUUCCCGUCAUUUGGCCUAUCCGUUAUAUUUCUGGAUUUUAAAACAUAAUUGCAGGUU